UUUAGACGCUAUACUCCCGGUAGACGACUUAAGUAAACAGUGAAAGUUGUUUCUCAAAUUUGUGUAUAGCAUGGCAGCCUCAAUAAGAGAGCUUAAUAAUCUAGAAGAUUGGGAGAAGGAAUGGAAUAAUUUUGAAAAUACUUUAAAUAAAUUAAAAGAAGUUGAGUAUGAGAAGCUAAUGAAGUUAAUGGAUGAAUACCACAAUGCACAAACUAAACUAAAGAAAAAUGUAGAAUUUCAAACUAAAAAUCUUAAAGCAUUUAGUGUAUCAUUGAAGAGUAUUAGUAAAAAUGUUGGCAAUUCUAAGAACAAAGAAAAAUUGAUGAUAAUGUCAUCAAAAAUGGAAAAAGCUAAUGACUGUUUUAGAGAAUUACGACAAGCUCUUCCAAAAACUGCUGGCUGGUUUCUGAGAGCUUGUAUUGGUGAAAUAAAUGUUUCAUUAUUUUGGGAUAAGAAUCAUUAUAAAGAAGUGUAUGAACGUUUUAAACUACGAACAAUGAUCUUUGCAUUUAUCCUUGGUUUAUUGAAUAUUUUUUUCCUUCCUUCAAAAUUUUUUGAUUCCUUAUUCAAUGCCAUAUUAGUAUGGUAUUACAGUUCAUUAACUUUGCAAGAACAGAUUCUCCGAGCUAAUGGAUCAAGAAUUAAGGGAUGGUAUGUAACUCAUCAUUAUUUAUCAAUACUUGUUUCUGGUUUUUUAUUAAUUUGGCCAGCGAGUGUUACCUAUCAAUUAUUUCGAACACAGUUUUAUAUCUUUGUACUUUAUCUGAGCUUUGUUCAAAUUCUUCAGUACUAUUACCAACAGGGUAUUUUGUAUCGUCAAAGAGCUUUAGGACGUGCUACAAGUAUGGCUAUAACUGAAGAGGGUUUCAGAAAAUGGAUGUUACAAGGAUUGGGUUUCAUUGUACCAUUUUUAAUUGUUGGCUAUAUCUUUCAAUUUUACAAUUCUUACACUUUGUAUAUGUUAAGUCGACAUCCAAAAUGCAAAGAAUGGCAGGUGCUGGCUUCUUCUAUAUUGUUCUUUCUACUUGCUGUCGGUAACUCGUGUACACUUUUUAUUGUUAUUCGGCAGAAGAUCACAGCGGUUGCUAAACUUCCUUGCGGAUAAAAGAUUUUCAAUUAAUUUUGAAUAAACUUAGAUUUUUAUUUA